AUGGAUCACCAACAUGAGGAGAACAAUAAAUUGCUCAAGGUUAUCGCGUCUGACAUUAUCUUGCAUAAUACCUCACAGCACAGAUCUACAGUUGGCAGUAUCGAAAAGACCAAUGCUACAGCAAUGAAAGGUAACAUUGAUGCUGCUGUUGACGACUUCAAGAAGCAAUUGCUGCCUGAAGUCAGAGGACUGGUCAAGGAGAUUGGUGAUCUUAGAGAACAGAAGAGAGGAUUACAACAUGAGAUCAGUGAAUUGUUCGCCAUUAAGUCUAAGCAAGGCAACGGCGCACCACCACCACCUAAGGUUGAUUAUAAUCCACGUGCACCACCUGCUAAGGAGAAUAAGAAGGAUGAACCACCUAAAGACGCUGCACCACCACCACCAGCUUGGCUUAGCUGGCAACCACCUGUAAACUUUGGCCCACCACCAUUACCUCAACCACGCUAA